UUUUUGAUAAUUUUUUUUAUAACUCAGCAUUGCAAUCUUCGGCAAAGCAACAAUCUCAUCGAACAGUAAGAAGUUGAUCAUAAUAUCAACAGCCAUCGUUUAACCCUUGGAGUAGUGGGUUUGACUGGCAGUAUUUCAUUCAAUUGAGAUUCCAAAACGGUAACGUUCGAACACCAUCCACGCCAUUCAAGAUUAUUUGUUGCUUUGCGCUCUUCCAAAACCAGAAUCGAAAAAGCGUGCUUCUAUAUUUAAAUUUCUGCUCGGGAUGAUGGAGACAUUGUUCCUCGGGACCAUCACACUUGAUUUCGUUCGUUCGUUCGUAAACAAAAUAUUCCAAAAAAACGGAUCACACAUGCUCAACAAAAUCGCCGCUCAUGCUGCGCAAAAAUAAAACGAUGAACACUUCUCCAGUCCGUUUCAGUGUCUGUCCGGAUGUUCGUGGGGGACCAUUCGAAUCUCUAGAAAAUCGACAAGAUGUUGCUCAUAAUAAUAAGUUUGAUUUUGAUUGCCCUUGGGAUACUCUAUUUAUAUCUAGUUUGGAAUUUCGGUUACUGGAAGAAACGCAACGUCCCUGGACCCGAUCCUUUGCCGUUUCUGGGAAAUUUUCCCGCCUUUAUUUUACGCAAUCAUCCAUUGGUUGAGGAUUUCGAUAAGAUCUAUCGGGAAUACAAGUCGAAGUUCAACUUCGUGGGCGUUUUUAGUCAACGGGCGCCUCGGAUCCUGAUCACUUCCCCAGAACUUGGGCGGGACAUUUUGAGCAAGCACUUCAAACACUUCCACGACAACGAAUUCGGAAACAUAACGGACAAGGAGUCUGAUCCACUUUUUGGCCGGAAUCCCUUCUUUCUGGAGGGCGAAGAAUGGAAACAGAUGAGGGCGGAGAUCACGCCGGCCUUCACAUCAUCCCGGAUGAAAGCCCUCUAUUCAUUGGUCGAAGACGUAGCUGCCAGAAUGACAACGUACGUGAAGAAAAAUCGGGGUACAACAUUGGAAACCAAGGAACUGGCAGCCAAAUUCACAACCGAUGUCGUCUCCAACUGCAUUUUCGCUGCAGAUGCACAAUCUUUCACGAAUGAUAAAGCCGAGAUUAGGGAACAGGGCCGUAAGCUGAUGGACAAUUCGUUCUGGUUUAUUUUUGCCAUGAUGACCAAAGCUGCCUCGCCGGCACUCGCCAGGCUGUUGAACUUGAGUUUGAUAAAGAAAGAUAUCGAGCAGUUCUUCACCAAUCUGAUGAAGCAAGCCAUUCAGGUACGAGAAUCAAGCUCCGUUAAACGGGCUGAUUAUCUCGAUUAUCUUAUCGGGCUGAAGAAUAAGAAAGAGAUAUCGGAAAUAGAUAUGGCAGCUCACGGAGUUACUUUCUUCAUUGAUGGGUUCGAAACAUCCAGUGUUGCUCUGUCAUUCACAUUGUAUGAAUUGGCAAAAAAUCCUGAUGUUCAGAAACGUUUGCGUGAGGAAUUGGUUAAAGCAAUAGCUGACGAUGGAUCGAUUUCCUAUGAGGCUAUCCAGGAUCUACCAUACUUGGAUCAAGUCAUAAGUGAAACCUUACGCCUCUGGCCUCCAGGGGCAUGGAUCUCGAAAAAAUGUACGAUCCCAAUCGAGCUGGAACUGAAGCCAAACGAACCCGUACUUAUCGAGAAGGAUGUGUGCGCUAUGAUUAGCAUCUGGUCUAUACAACGCGAUCCGGAGUACUUUGAAAAUCCCCUGAAAUUCGACCCGGAUCGUUUCAGUCCUGAAAAUGGUGGCAUCAAUCCGUACCGCGAGAAAGGAUGCUAUAUUCCAUUCGGAGAAGGUCCACGUCAGUGUCUAGGGAUGCGCUUCGCACGCAUGCAAGUGAAGCGAGGAAUUUUCGAAAUUAUCAAAAACUUUGAAAUUACAGUCAACCCCAAAACCAGGGAUCCUCUAUCGUUGGAUCCGAAAGAAUUUUUAACCAUGGCAUUGGGAGGUGUUUGGUUGGAUUUUGAACCUAUAGAAUAAGUUUUUUUUAAAUGA